CCAGCUAUCCUCCCCUUUUCCCUCUAAGGAUGGCCCAGAAGGAGAACGCCUACCCCUGGCCCUACGGCCGGCAGACGGCUCAAUCUGGUCUCAACACCCUGCCCCAGAGAGUCCUCCGGAAGGAUCCUACCACCCCAUCUGCACUUGUCCUCAUGAACCGCUCCAAUACUCAACCCACAGCUGCCCCUGGUCAGAAGGUAGUGGAGAACAGCAGUGGUACACCCAACCUCUCAAUGCGAUCUUUCACCAUUGAUGAUUUUGAAAUCGGACGUCCCUUGGGCAAAGGCAAGUUUGGAAAUGUGUACUUGGCUCGGGAGAAGAAAAGCCAUUUCAUCGUGGCGCUCAAGGUCCUCUUCAAGUCCCAGAUAGAGAAGGAGGGUGUGGAGCAUCAACUGCGCAGAGAGAUCGAAAUCCAGGCCCAUCUGCAACAUCCCAAUAUCUUGCGUCUCUACAACUAUUUCUAUGACCGGCGAAGGAUCUACUUGAUUCUGGAGUAUGCCCCCCGGGGUGAGCUCUAUAAGGAACUGCAGAAGAGCCGUACUUUUGAUGAGCAGCGUACCGCCACGAUCAUGGAGGAACUGGCGGAUGCUCUCAUAUACUGCCAUGGGAAGAAGGUGAUUCACAGAGACAUAAAGCCAGAGAAUCUGCUCUUGGGGCUCCAGGGAGAGCUGAAGAUUGCUGACUUCGGCUGGUCUGUGCACGCCCCCUCCCUGAGGAGGAAGACAAUGUGUGGUACCCUGGACUACCUGCCCCCAGAGAUGAUUGAAGGCCGCACUCACAAUGAGAAAGUGGAUCUGUGGUGCAUCGGGGUACUCUGCUAUGAACUGCUGGUGGGAAGCCCGCCCUUUGAGAGUGCGUCACACAAUGAGACUUACCGGCGCAUAGUCAAGGUAGACCUUAAGUUUCCACUUUCUGUGCCCUCGGGAGCCCAGGACCUCAUCACCAAGCUGCUCAAGCAUAAUCCCUCCGAACGCCUGCCUCUGACCCAGGUCUCAGCCCACCCUUGGGUCCGGGCCCACUCUCGGAGGGUGCUGCCUCCCUCUGCCCUUCAGUCUGUCCCCUGAAUUGUCCUUGUUGUUAACUCAGUUGUGUCCAUGUUUGUAUGUCUCUAUAUAUGUGUUGGAAGGAGGGGUCCCUGGCCUAUUCCUUGAUCUGGCUUCUACCUCCUUUUUAUUUAAUAAAAGCUGAAGCUUUUUAUACUGCUGAGUGCAGAUGCUUACAGGUGGAGAGUGCUGUGAAGGAAGCAGUGCCCUGUGGAGAGGAGAUGGGGAAUUGCCCAGGCUGCGUGCUGUGGGUGGGUACUGCCUCACUGUCCCUGGUACCACCUGCCCUUUCAGCACUGGCACCACCCUCACUGUCUUUUCUUCCCCCUGUUCUGUCUGUCAGGGCCUGGGAGUGCUGGGCCCUUGACUCCACUCUACAGCCAUCUCCACCGAGCAUCUCCACAUCACAUGCAAUUCUCUGAUCUCUAGUCUUUCCUCUUCUGGCUCAGCCCCUGCCCACUCAGAAACAACUGAACAUUGCUGUCUCCUGGGGGUGUCUUUUGUUUUGUCUUACUGCUCGCUGGUCAGGAUUUAACAUGAUUGAAAAGAUUACUGAUGGUAUCUUAUUCCAGACCAAAGGCAUCACCUACAUUUGGUACUUACUAUGGGUUUACUCAUUUUAAAGAUAAGGAAACUGAGACACAGAGGAGCUAUAUAAUAUAUAAUUUGCCAAAUGUCACACUAGUAAGGGGAGCUUGAUUUUUAAAUCCAAAGUCCACAUUCUUUAAUAUCAAGCUAGAGUUGGUAUAAUGGCCUUUCUACAGCACACAUAUGUAUGUAUAUGUGUGUGUGUGUGUAUAUAUAUAUAUAUAUAUAUAUAUAUAUAUAUAUAUAUAUCACAGGAUUGGAACAAAAAUUAGUUUUGACUAUUACUGGGUGCAGUUUUUGGUUUUAUUUUUUUUAAGUCCUUUAUCAGGUUAAGUAAGGCCUACUGUCUUACUAGUUGCUAAGGGUCUAAGUUUUUUUUGUAUCAUGAAUAGAUGUUGACUUUUAUCAAAGAUUUUUCUGCAUCUAUUGUUUAUUUGCUCUUAAUCAAUGU